CUAUCACUUGACAACAACCAAACGCUGAAAUGUCACGAACCGGAAAAGGAUCCCGCGCUAAACUUCAACCGCAAAAAGAAGACUUGCUUACUGUUUCUCCUCAAAACGGCGUCCAUUUGUUGCCCGAGAAGAAGAAGCGCAAGACGCCAAAAAUCACAGUUUGGCCAGAAUUUAGUGAGACUGAUGUCAAUUCUGAGAAAUGGGAAGUGGGAACGAAAGGAAAAGACAAGACAAAGAUCGCUCAAUUUGACGAUCCUGAUGGCAAUGUGGAGUUGCCUCCUAAAUUGUCAAAAGAGAUAGAGACAUGGAAACGACCAUCAGAAUAUAUAGUAGAUAGAAUUCCUGUUGUGGUUGACACCGAAAAGGGCUGGGGAGAUAUGAUUAAAGAAAAUCUCCAUCUCCUCAACAGUGAGUUUGUGAGAUGGAUGCUUUGUUAUGUGGACUUGUUGUGGCAGCUACAUAAUAAGGCUGGCAUUGCUGGACGCAUGAGUGAAAGCUGGAAGCCGUGGGAUCACAUCUAUCCCAAACCCAAGGGUCAGAUGACACCUACUUACAACCCAUGUGGAAAGUAUUGUGUCAAGAUAUUUUGGCUUGGUUUAUGGAGGAAGGUAACAGUGGAUGAUCAAAUGCCUUUCAACAAGGACAAUCAACUGAUGCUGCCGAUGACACAACCUCAUGAGUUGUGGCUGCCAUUACUGACAAAGGCUGUACUGAAAGUUGUAUCUCUAGAUAGCAACAAAGACAUGCAGUCUUGGCAUGAGUUUGGUGACUGCAACAUCGCUCAGUUGUUGACUGGAUGGGUAGUUGAAGUUAUUCCUAUCAGAUCUGGUCACGCAGAACCAAUGUGGAAUCUUUUUCACAGAGGCAUACCAGUAUGGAGCUUUAAUGACACACCUGAAAUUGAAGAAUCUAAACAAGAAACUUUAGCUGCUUCUACUGCUGUGGGCAAAGGAAAGAGCAAAACAGAGCAGACUCAGGUGAAAGAACAACCUUCCAAGAAAGAGGAGUUUCCGUAUAUUCUCUUUGCAAGUUAUGACGGAUCUUCAUCUCUUCAGAAACAGGUCAAUGGUGAAACACUUUUUUCCAAUGAAUUUGGUCUGCCAACUCAUCUUUCUCAUGUUGUCAUGGUAACUCAAACACGGCGACAACCUUUAGAAGAACCACUCCCACCUGAUCCUGACUCACUCAUACCGAAAUUUGCUCAUCAAGGCUUCAAAAGUAGAAGGCAACGAGAAGAAGAAGCAAAGAUCAUAGCAGACAAGUUCAAAGCUAUGACAUGCAGACUGGUGGAAGUCAUUUCACCAUUGAUGAAUCUUCAAGCUAUUGCUUUGACUGAGAAAGUCGAAGUACCACCAACAGACAUGGAAAAAGCAGAACCAUCAAAGCAAUCUCAAGGAAAAGUCGGAGGCCAAGAGACGUCUCAGGAGGCAGGAGAAACUGAGGAAACAAGAACGACUAAUAUUUGGAUGCAGUAUGAUGAAGAGUUCAUACCAAAUUUCACAACGUUGUAUGUGGUGCAUAAACCAGGUGGUUAUAAGCAGAAGCAAGCUGUCCAAGACAUGAAGAAUGUCAUUCAAACAACAUUUGGCAGCUCAUCUGGUCUGAAGAAAGACAAAAGUGCAUCGAAUUUACGAAAUGCAUCCGCGGCUCCUUUCUUUUCUCAUAGCCACCCAAAUGCUGAACAAGUUGGACCCACUGGCACACUUGGCAGUCUCCUUUGUGUUGAUAGCGUGAAAGCUAUUGAGAUCAUUUUGUCCUUAUCUACUAUAACACAUUGGCCUUAUAAGAGAAAAAGUGUGAAGUCAUUGACAGGUAGCUCAUAUGCAUUGGGAGAAGCUCUAGAAGAGGCAAAGUCAGAUACAGAGGAAGCAGGACACUCGCAACCUACUCUUCUAACAGCCGAAGAAUAUCAGUGGGACACAGUUGUGGCCGGGCAGCCGCUGCUAAAGAUCAAAACAACAGGAACGAAAGCAGCUGCUCUUUGCCUGCCACCUGGACGUCACUUGAUACGACUCAAUGUCUCAGCUUCUGUUUGUUUUCAUCUUGAACUGUGGUCACUGUGUGAGUUCAUUUUUCAAGAGGAGGACGAAGUACUCCACGAAUUGACGAAGGAGAGUAUACGAUAUCGAACACAUGCCAUAAAUGUCUUAUCCACAUUUGUUGUUGUCGCCACGAUGUUUGAAGACAUCAAACAAUAUCGAGAGUCAUUCUACCAGCAAGGUUUGUCUCACAGAGGCAGAGAUAUCACAGUUCAUCACUGCCGGCUCUUGUAUUCCUCAUUAAUGGACACAAUUAUGAUUUGUCUUCCUGAAGAAUUACGUACUAGAGACAUGAUAUUUGCCUGGCAAGCGUUUUCACAGGAAGGUUUUCGUGUGUUUCUUCAAGGACUAGAAAAAGAUGUUCCAAAGAAUGCUAGUGAAGUGGAUAAGCUGAGAUACAAUGAUUUGAAGUUUGCAGACUGGAAACAAAAAGAUGUCAUUGUUCCCAGUAACUGGAUUGAUCAUGAAGCAACAGAAGAGGAGCAUGCAGCAGCUACCAAAAUUCAGGCUUGCUUCAAAGGCUACUGGCGGUACAAGCUUUGGAAAGCAGUCACUCAUGGGAGUCCUGAACAUAAGAAAGCAUUUGAAACAAUGGAGCGUUCAUUUGAAAUAAUCACUCAAGAAAGUGAGACGGUAGCUCUGAAAUUGUUUUCAAUCAUGUUUAGAAAAGAUCCUCAGCUCCUCACAAAGUUUCCCUUCAAAGAUGACGAGUGGUCAAGAGCUUGCUUUAAGGAUCACACGGGUCAUUAUAAGGAGCAACCACCCAACUCCAUGUUUUUAAUGUUCAGGGAAACAUUUUAUGUGGAAGACCAUGCUGUUCUCAUUGUUCCUCAUUUGUACACAUCAGUUUCUACUUGUUCUCUUCGUGUCUUCAACAACGACACGGGAGAGGAAAUACCAAGAGUGUUUCAACGCGUUUCACCUCACAUCUACUUGCCUAACAGACAUGGUUACACUUUUGUUGCUGAAGGACGAUCAGGAGAUGAGCCAAUAGCAGAAGGGAAGUGCAGGCUACGGUUGAUUGGAUCAGAAGAAUCACUUCUCAUUCCCAAAAGCAAAGGAACAGUCAACUGUGAGUUCUAUACAAAGCUAUUGAAAGAGUAUUAUCUACCAAACAAGCAAUACCAAUUUUUCAGGCUUGCUGUGAAGGUGACUGAAGACAUGGUUGUUACUGUCCAACUAGAAACAUCCAAAGAGUCAGCAUACAUUAGACUACAGAUACUAGAUACUAUUGAUGGUGAGGAACAAGAAGUGAAAUCUGUAUGUGGGAAAGGCUAUGCCAUUAUUCCGGCCUUCACAUUUCUAAAGGAUGGUAUCCACUCAGAAUCUCAAUCUCCAGUUAAUUAUGUUCCAGAAGAUGAUGAUCUGUUUGAUGUUCCAACACUUGGGAGAGACAGCAUUAUGACAUCAAGGCCACCCAGCAGGAAGCAGUCUGUAGAUCUCUGUCGGUCAAGUAGAGCAUCUGUCAGACAAGAUAGUUCUUCACGUAUAUUGGAACAACAAAGCAAACCUUCUCAAGAUACAGCUGACAAUGAAAAUACGGCACAGAAGGAAGGAGGUGAUAUGGAGAGCGACGGCAAAGAGGAUCGUGAAAAUGCAACCGAAGGAGGAUUUAUGGUCCACAAGUACAUACUCUGUGGCACUGUUGAGCGUAACAGCUGGCCAGAAAGUGAGAGCGCAUGGGAUUUUGUAAGUGUACAGAAAGCAGCAGAGAAGCAAGACUUAGAAAAUUCUCGUCCAGGUAGCUCAGCUGACAGAAGCCACUCAGCAAUUGGAAAGAAAAGCAAAUUAGACAAAAAAGGGAUGUCAAAAGUCAAAGGAUCUUCCCAGCAAGCAGCUAAAUCUGUGGCACAAUUUGAUACCAGUGUACCACAUUGGACAGUAAAAAUAGUGACACUGGAGAAAGACCAGGCAAAUAUAGAGGUGAAGAAAGAUACCGAGAGAGAAGAUGAGAUUAAAGCCAUAAAACAAUCUUGGGAGGCAGCCGAGCCUGGAAGGGCUGUUAAGGCUGCGACUGCUAGACAGAAGUUUUUAAACAGGCGAAUGUCUCAAUCAAGGAAGAGUCAAAUUCCUGAUUGGCCUGUUCCAGAGAAACUGCAGGAAGAAGGAGAAGACGAAGAAGGUUCGGUGGCUAUUAAUAUGUCGGCAAGUCGUUUUCAAGUUGACACCAGUCGUCCAAACUCUGGCAUGUUACAGCAAUAUAGCAGAUCAUCUUUUUCUUCUGACCAUUCACCUUUGAUUAAUAAACUAAGUAUGGAGGAAGAUAUUUCACCAUUUAAGACUCGAAAGCCCAUCUGUCAGUAUGAUUACUCAGCAUUUAGUACGGGGCCGUGUGCAAAACCAAGGCAGCUGGAUGAUGCAGAGCUAAAGAGGAGAGAAGCUAAGAGGAAAGAGGAAAUGGAGGAGUACAAAUUAUACAGAGAAUCGGUGUUGCAGAUAAGAGAACACGACAGAGAGGAAAGAAAAAGAUUGAAGACCGUCCAUUUGGAUGUAGCAGAGAAAAUGCAGGUCGAGAUGGACGAACUUCGAAGUCGAUUCAAUAAUCUUCGUGAAGUAUGUCGUAAAAAACACUUGGAGGAAGAACAAAGCAAAGUCGAUGCUGCCAUGGCAUCCUCACCUACAAUUGCAGAGAUGGAAGAGGCACAGCAGAAACUGAAAUCACCAAGUCGAAAGGGCAAGAAAAAGUGACGUAACAGACAUUGACCAUUGUAAUGGAAUAGUGACACAACAAAGUCUUUUGAUUUUGUAUUGUAUGCAUUGUCAGCUAUAUCCACAUUGACAGUCUAUCCCAUGCAUUCUGUAUUGGGUAUAGAGGCUUAAUGCCCCAUGUUUGCAUGGUACCAGGUGCUCAUACAUGUAUAUGACGUUUGACACUGUUCUCAAACAUAUAUUUUUGAGGCAGAAGUAUGCAGAAAGAAUUAAGGUCUCUGUGCUCUGUUUACAUUGAGCAAUAU